GCCGCCGUCGCGAUGGCCCAGCAGCAGAUGACCAGCUCGCAGAAGGCCCUGAUGCUCGAGCUGAAAUCCCUGCAGGAGGAGCCGGUGGAGGGCUUCCGGAUCACCCUGGUGGAUGAGUCCGACCUCUACAACUGGGAGGUAGCCAUCUUCGGACCCCCCAACACGCUCUACGAAGGCGGCUACUUCAAGGCACAUAUUAAAUUUCCUAUUGACUACCCAUAUUCACCACCUACCUUCAGAUUCUUGACCAAAAUGUGGCACCCCAACAUUUAUGAGAAUGGAGAUGUAUGCAUUUCGAUUCUUCAUCCACCUGUAGAUGACCCACAGAGUGGAGAACUGCCCUCAGAAAGGUGGAACCCUACUCAGAAUGUGAGGACUAUCCUGUUAAGUGUAAUCUCACUGCUUAAUGAGCCCAACACCUUCUCCCCAGCCAAUGUGGAUGCUUCGGUUAUGUUUAGGAAAUGGAGGGACAGCAAAGGAAAAGACAAAGAAUAUGCUGAAAUCAUUAGGAAACAGGUUUCAGCCACUAAGGCCGAAGCAGAAAAAGAUGGAGUAAAGGUCCCCACUACCCUGGCGGAAUACUGCAUCAAAACUAAAGUGCCUUCCAAUGACAACAGCUCAGAUUUGCUUUAUGAUGACUUGUACGACGACGAUAUUGAUGAUGAAGAUGAGGAGGAAGAAGAUGCCGACUGUUAUGAUGAUGAUGAUUCUGGGAAUGAGGAGUCGUGACGGGCUCCUUUACUGCCCCUGUACUGCCCUGCCGUCUCAGGCCAAAGGGAGGGGAGCAAGUGGGGACCUAGCAGUGGCCCCUCAGCAAAAACUUAUUCACAGGGGGUGGGGAAAACAAACACAGCUCCUGCUGGCUCCCCUUAUGGAUCUCAGUUUGCUCCUUUUUAUGGACCUUUAAUGGAGAGAAAGUAAUCCUCCACAGAAUGUCUGAAUUCUUGCAUUCUUUACCCUUCCAUCACUGUAUUGAUUUUUUUUUUUUCUUCAAAAACCACCAUCACCCAAACUCCUGCCUCACUUCAUCUCUACAGAAUGUUCACAGCAAAACACAUUUGGUCUGUUUUUAGAUUCCUAAAGAAUUAAAUAGUCAAGACAUUUAAUGUGUUUAAAGCUGGGAACCUGUAGGGAGUUCACAAGUGCUGCAUAUAUUGGGUAGCAAAAGGAAAUGGGGGGAAAAAAACCAAAAAAACCCACAAACCCACAAAAAAAUUGCCAAGGUUUAGCUGCUUAUUCACAUUAGUAUGUGUGCAUUUGUUCAGACCCAUGGUGGUGACUUUUGUUUCUUUCCCUUCCUAAGGCUGGGAAUCGGUGGGCAUCAGGGACUGACUUCAUGCUAAGCUUGAUAAAGUGUGCUUCUUCUGCCUCUUUGAAAUCAUCUAACAUGGAGGCCUCAGCUACUCUGAGGAGAGAUCAGAUUUUGUUUUUUGAAAUCGAUUGGGAUCUAAAGCCUAAAAUAAAUAUUCAUACUUUACAUA